AUGACGGAUGAAUUUGACGAGUCUAGUUCUCUUAUAAACAGAACUCACUCGCGGUCGUUUCUAGAUGCCCCCAUUGGCUCCUUUAAGGGACCUAACUCAUUGCACAACUUUGCCAGCUCAUUCACUCGAGCACAAUCUUUCGCAGCUUCAAAGAUUGAUAAUGACAUUCACAAGAAGCGGUCCUUUUUCGUCAGAGAGUCCACUGGGGAUGAACCUGAGGAUGAAACGUUUGAUCCAGACUUGAUGGUCCCGUCAUAUCGGGGUGAAAGACUUAGCCUGGUCGUUCACGAUUUGCAACGCAACCAAUUGUUUAUGAAUCAUCCUAAUGACCUAGAUUCAGCUUUGUCACCAAACAAUGAUGUAUUUUACCAUGACGAUGUUGUUAAUGCAAUCAAUGAGUCAAGAUCACGGCAGGGGUCUGAUUAUUUUGGCAGUGGCAUACCUAUUGGAAGGAAAAUUCUCCCACAACCCUCGUUUUCAAGUUUUAGAAGUUCAAUUUCCAUGGCUACAACUGCGAGUCAGAUGACUUUGAAGAAAAUAGAGGACUCUGAUGGGAAUGUGAUUACUGUGUUGGCAGGUCAGUCUACGGUGGCUCAAACAGUAUUCAACUCUGUAAAUGUGCUAAUUGGAGUCGGGUUACUUGCUUUACCAGUGGGAAUUAUGAAGGCAGGAUGGGUGUUUGGCGUCCCUAUCUUAGUUGCAUGUGGCGUUGUUACUUACUGGACUGCCACUUUACUUUCCAAAGCUAUGGAGACUGAUGAAACUAUAAUGACAUACGCUGAUUUAGGAUACGCUGCUUAUGGUUCCAUUGCCAAGCUAGUCAUAUCUCUACUUUUUUCUAUUGACUUGAUUGGCGCUGGUGUGUCCUUGAUUAUAUUGUUUAGUGACUCAUUUGUGGGUGUAUUGAGCAAUGACCCGACCACUACAAAGAUUAUAACAUUUUUCAUCUUGACACCAUUCACUUUCAUCCCGUUACCAAUAUUGUCAUUUUUCUCACUUCUCGGAAUCUUGUCCACUAUUAGCAUUACAUUGUUGGUAAUUGUUUGCGGAUUACUUAAGCAAACAUCACCAGGGUCCUUGAUUGAUAUCAUGCCCACAAAUCUCUGGCCCGAAAACCCCGCAAACUUAUUACUUGCGGUUGGUAUUUUAAUGGCUCCGUUUGGUGGGCAUGCGAUAUUUCCCAACUUGAGAAGUGAUAUGAUCCACCCAACCAAAUUCACAAAGUCGCUUCGCUAUACAUACUUUAUCACAUUGAUUACAGAUUGCCUGAUGGGGGUUUUUGGAUUUUUGAUGUUUGGUGCCACGUGCAGCAAUGAAGUGACAAACACGUUGUUGGAAACUUCGGGGUAUCCAACAUGGAUUUACCCAUUGAUAAAGUCGUUAAUUUGUCUAAUUCCGUUGGCGAAGACUCCCCUCAACGCGAAGCCAAUUAUAUCGUCCUUGGAUGUGUUGUUUAGAGCGAACAAGGUGGCCAAGACCAAAGCUAGAGCUACUUUCAACUCGUUUACAAAGUUUGUGGUUCGAAUUGGUGUCAAUGCAGUAUUUGUAUUUUUAGCCAUUGUGUUUCCCGAGUUUGAGAAAAUCAUUGGUAUAUUGGGUGCUUCUAUUUGCUUCAUCAUUUGCAUUAUAUUGCCAUGUCUUUUUUACGUCAAGUUAUGUGGCAACCAACUAACACCAUUUGAGCUGGGCAUGUUUUACCUUGUGAUUUUAGGCUCUUGUGUUUUGGGAUCAUUGGCUAGCUGGGCAGUAGUUACAAAUUAG